GAGUGAGGCCGCCGGCCGGGUUAGUACACCCGGGCUUUAAGCGGGACUGCGCUGUCAGGCCACCGCCCCCAGGCCCUCGGCUUGGCCGCCUUGCGCCUGCGGUCCCCGCGGCAAUAAGCAGGGCUGGCCGGCCUGGGCCCCGAGGGAGGCGCGAGAGGAGAGGUCUGUGGCCGGCAGAAAAGGGUCCACUGAACCGGACAGCGGGGUGCUUAGGUGCUCAGGACCAGCCCAUGGAAGAAUCGUAUGAAGAGGUGGUGACUAAGGUCAUAACAGCAGAAGUGGACAUGUUUGGAUUCCCAACAGCUACCCUGCUGGACUGUCAUGGAAGAUACACCCAGAAUGUAGCAUUCUUCAGUGAGUAAAUCAGUUGAUGGCCAGGAUGCCCUCAGUUCACAGAUACUCAGUGUUCCUGCCCUCAGCACUGGCAGGCAGUCUGAGAAAGUGAAGACUUUCCUUUGAUGUGAUGACUGAAGCUCACCACAAAUAUGAUCACUCUGAGGCCACAGGAUCCUCAAGCUGGGAUACCCAGAAUCCUUUCAGAAGAGAGAAGCUGGAACAAAAAUCCCCAGAUUCUAAGAUGCCACAGGAAGAUUCACCUGGAACAAGACAGAAGGUCUAUGAAUGCCAGGAGUGUGGAAAAUCCUUCCGGCAGAAAGGUAGUCUAACAUUACAUGAAAGAAUCCACACUGGUCAAAAACCUUUUGAGUGUACCCACUGUGGGAAAAGCUUCAGAGCCAAAGGCAAUCUUGUUACACAUCAGCGAAUACACACAGGAGAAAAGCCUUAUCAGUGCAAGGAGUGUGGGAAAAGCUUCAGUCAGCGAGGUAGUCUGGCUGUCCAUGAGAGACUCCACACUGGACAGAAACCCUAUGAGUGUGGUAUUUGUCAUAGAAGCUUUAGAAAUCAAAGCAACCUUGCUGUUCACAGAAGAGUUCACAGUGGUGAGAAGCCCUAUAGAUGUGAUCAGUGUGGAAAAGCCUUCAGUCAGAAAGGAAGUUUAAUUGUUCACAUCAGAGUCCACACAGGCCUGAAGCCCUAUGCCUGUACCCAGUGCAAGAAGAGUUUUCACACACGAGGGAAUUGUAUUCUGCAUUGCAAAAUCCACACAGGAGAGACACCCUAUCCAUGUGGCCAAUGUGGGAAAAGCUUCACUCAGAGAGGAAGUCUAGCUGUGCACCAGCGAAGCUGCUCACAAAGGCUCACCCUUUGACCACUCUCUUCAAAGGAAGUUAUCUUUAUGAAUUAAGAGUACAAAAUCCUCUGAGAUCAAGCAACAUAGCUAAUUCUGUGAAUGGAGAAUCUUUCAGAAAGACAUAAUUGAGUAGGCAAACUGACUUUUCUCUUUCCCCCAGAUGAGUAUGAAAAAUAAAUGUCUUGUUUAUUAUCAUUAU